AUGGCGAAACGUGGUGGCAAAGUUGGCACCAUGGUAUUGCUGCUCGCGGGCCUCUGGCUUGGUCUGGCUGGAUCUCGCCUUGCUCUCACGUUGACAGUGGCGAGCAGGGCUGGUGCUCUGAAGCGCCUGCACGCUGGCGCCUUGAAGCUGAAGGCCGGGGAUGUCUUGAGCCGCUGGCAGUUGAUUGCAUCCUCCAAAGAAAACACGGAUGACCUGGAACGCACAACGGCCGAGGCAGUUUUGUCGGCGGGUUUGCGCUUGGUAGUUCUGCCUGGCUCAUGCAAGGCCACAGCAGGCUUGGAUCAGGCCGAGUGGCUGCAAAAGACAGCUGAGGGGAUCCGGCUGUUUGGAGUGGAUGAGGUCCGUGACUGGGCGAAAGCCGUAUUGCCGAGAAGUCCUCAAGUCGCUGAGACUUUGCACGAGCAGCAAGUGGAUGGUGAAGAUGUCUUGGACCUGACCUAUGAGCGGCUAGUGGCUGAGCCCUACAAAAUUGCUGCCGGCCCUGCCGGAAAACUGGCCAAGCGCAUCGCUGCUGUGUCUGCCCCGCCGACGGCCGCAAGCGGAUUCCAGGCGGGGGCCUCAGCGGACUGGAAGGGUGCCUUGGGGUCAGUCGGGGCAGUUCGUGAGGACGACCCAGAUGCCACGGAGUUCAUCCGGGAGCUGGCCAACGCUAAACCGCAGGACUUGGGCGUGCAGGUCUUCAACCUCACGAAGACCCUGCCCGUAGAGCCCUACGACCAGAGCGGGCCGAGAUUAUUGACGCGCAACACGACGCGCCGAGCCUGGAAGGCCAUCUUCGAGCUCAUGAGAAACGGCACCAAGCGCGUGGCCAUGUUGGGCGUCCCGGGCAUCGGGAAGAGCCGCAAUCUGGCACUGGGCCUCUGGCACCUGGUGAGGGGCCAGCUGCCAGACGGGAUUCCGCAGCCCGAGGCCAUUGUGUUCGAAGCCCGGCAGAGCAGCACAGUCUUCCUCUUCACCAAGGGCCAGGAUGGCUGGAAGGCGCAGCGCCGGCAGAUGGACUGGAGUCCAUCAGGCUGUGCGCACCUGCAAAACUCCAACAACUGGUACCUGGUGGAUGCUUCCGACGCUUCUAAACCGUCGCAGUUGGCUGCGAAGACAGUGAUCGCCUGCAGCCCAGACCGGGACCACUACUCCAAUUUCGUCAAAGACGGAGGCGAGUGUGUCUUCGUUGAAGCUUUCAGGUGGGCCGAGGUGAAAGCGUGCUAUCCACAGUUGGAGACUAAGGUUGACCCGGAGGAUCUGCGCCAAAGGUUCCAGCAAGUCGGAGGUGCUCUGCGCACCCUUCUGGCAAGCCCGAUGGGCUACGAACAAGCCGUGGAGCUGCAGAUGGCCGAGGCAAAGGAGUUCUCCACAGUGGAACGUGUCUUUGCAGGUGAGUUGAAUAACGUCGAAGGCAAGACGAUGCCUACCAGGCUCUUCACAUACCGCAGCGCAGAUGGGAUCUCAAAAAAGGUCACCGUCUGCUCUCCCGGUGCGGCCACACUGCUUGUCGAGAAGCACUAUGACAAGCUCGUGCCGCUGUGGUGCGAUCCAAGCGGCAAAUGCGGCUGCGAAGAGAGCCCAAUGGAACUACAAAUCGGUCCGGUCAUGGACUUGCAAGUUAAGGAGGGUUUGCAGCUUCUAGAGUGCGACACCGAUCACAUCUUUGAUGCCAGAUGGCGGGAGGCUGUGCAGAGAGGCAGUCUAGAGGGACAUGUUCUGCACAGCCCAGAGAAUUAUCCGGUCAUCGACUACCUGCUGGACUUCAACCACGGCAUCUCCGUGACGACCUCCCUCAAGCACGACAUCGCAAAGGCGUUUCGUGAAAAGUUGGGGGAGAUGUUCGGAAACGCUUCCCAACCCUGCAGUUUCACUCUCACGUUUCUCAUUACAGGAGAGCCUCAAAAAUUCACACCGAAGGGAAGCGAUUACGAGGCACUAAGGGGCAUGGCGGGUACAGAAAAGCUGUUUGACAAUGUUCGUGUACAGGUCGUGCAGAUUCCGAAGAAGCUCAAUAGCCUGAGUUGA